AUGCCAAUGCCUAUGGUCCGGUCAUUGAAAGUAUCUGGGGAUGGGGAUCUGGAUAGGCUCCUUGGUGCAUGUCCCAAUCUUCGAGACCUAUCUUACUCUAUAUCAAGAUUCGCCAGUGGCUGUGGUAUGGGCCGUCAACCUCGUCCAUCUCACCGGCCAUACGUUCUCACACCAGUUCCUAGAAUACCUCCUUUAGAGAGUAUGUUGUUGGAGGGGUUCUAUAUUGACCCAGAUCAGGCUUCGUGGUGGCGAAACGGAUUCCCCUCGAACACCUUGAAGUCACUCAUCCUCGGUCCUGAGGACAACGAAGGAGCUUUGGAAGUGCUCAGUGAUUGUUCCUUAUCUUUGAGGAGACUCGAGAUCUCGACGUGGAAUCCUGCCAGAGAUAAAGAAACCAAGGACAAGGCUAUUAAUGCCUUUUUAUUGUCGCUCAACACGUUGAAAACCCUAAUCGUGAAAGGUUAUUCACCUUCGAUUGCUGCAAUUGGCAAUCAUCGUUCGUUGAAAAGCCUCUGUCUUCAUCAAAUCGAGCAACCAGAUGAGCGCAGAGAAUCUCUCUCGAUUAACGAACUCAAGACGAUAGACGAAUUCUGUCCUGACCUUGAACACUUGGAGCUCGAUAUCACCCAGAGCAAGAAGGGCGAAUGGCCCCAAGACUUCAUCACUGCCUUCCUAGCAAAUUUCCCCCAUCUUCGCUCUUUGAAAUUCCAUGUGGCACUCGGACUUAGAUCCCGUUUUUCCGCCGAAGAACUCAGUGGUUAUAAUAAUGGCGAGAAUACUGGUGCUAACAAGAAAAAUCCCAUCACAAACUGGAAUCCCUCCUGGGAUGCCUAUGUGAAAUCGGAAGAGCAGAUGAGCAAGGUUCUGACCAAUUCGAGUGCCGGAGCCUUCCUGGAUAUUCUGACUGCCAGAGACUUAUCUCUGAAGCUUCGAAAGUUGACGCUCGAAACUGGUGAAUCGCUCCGUCGUUUCCCGCAGUGGGCGCCAUGGUAUGCAAAUGCGGAACAGAGUAAUGCUAGAAUUUUCAAAGCUUCGCUCCCCUUAGAUGGGAAUUCAUUGCCUACUGUUAGGGAGAGGCUUAUCUUUGAAUAA